AUGCCAACGACGACGACGACGGCGACCAGCGGCAGGGGUUGCGGGAGGAGCAUGACGGGCGCGUUGCUGGUGUUGCUACUGGCGCUGCUUGGCCGGCCGUCUCCGGCGAGGGCGCAGCUGGGGGACGCCCACAAGUGCCGGGACACGUGCCUGGAGGGGUGCACCGGGUGGGUGGUGGUGUGCCACAUGUCGUGCGCCAGCGCCUGCGCGGGGGCCGGCGGCAUCGGCAUCAUGAGCAUCGACAACGGCAUCCCGCCGGACCACCCCAACCCCGACGAUCUCCCCAAGCCACCGCCGCUGCCGGACCUUGUCCAUCCCCUCCGAGGAGCCGGCGGCAUCGCCUUCAGCCCCGCGCCGUCACCGGCAGCAUCUUCCUCAGAAUCAUCGGAUGAUGAUUAA